GACAAUCGUGAGAAGAUUGAAUCAAGAUUUUAUUACUUAUACGUUUGUUGUACCAUUGCCAGUGUUAGAUCUACCAGCACAGCUUCCAUUGUAUCACCCAGCCAUCAUGAGACUUCUCUUGUUACCCCUUGUGUCCCUCUUGGGGGUCACCCUCGCCGCAGACGACGUCGUUACAAUCACCGCUCCAGCAGCAAUUCCAUCCAACGAGCCCGAGUGGAAGAAUGACAAAACCUUCGUCAGCGCUGUUCUCAACAGUACGGAUUUUUAUAGGGCGGAACAUAAUGCGAGCUCACUGGAAUGGAAUCGCACACUUGAAGAUUUCGCAACAGACUACCUGGACGACAACGACGACUGCGAAUUUGAGCACUCUGGCGGCCCUUAUGGAGAGAAUCUCGCAAUAGGCUAUGGUAAUACGACUGCGAGUAUCGAGGCGUGGGGUGAUGAGCGUGAAGAUUACGACUUUGACAAGCCAAAGUUCAGCAAGGCGACCGGGCACUUCAGUCAACUUGUCUGGAAGGAUACGACUGACGUUGGCUGUGGAAGGAAGCUAUGUGGAGACAGGGGAUGGUUUCUUGUUUGUGAAUACUGGCCAAGGGGGAAUGUAAUCGGGCAGUUCACAGAUCAGGUUAACAAAAAGGAGGGCAACGAUGCUGUGAGACCUAGGCCUGGUGUUGCAUUGGCGUUGGCUAUUGUCGUUGGAUAUCUCGUCGUUUGGGUGUAAGCUUGCAUUGGUCAUUGUUGUUGGAUAUCUCGUUGUUUGGGUAUGAGAAUGGGAUAAAGGUUUGGACAUAUGUUGAAGCGUGGGAAGACGGGACUCAUGCGGGACAUGAGUUGGCAUAUACCACCACAGUCUCUUUGUAUAUCUCCCAGUAGAUUGAUGAUACUUAUGGAUACAUGAUAUUACGCUCUAUAC